AUGAGUCUCGUCAGCUUCUUCUUCACCCUCGGCCUGCUGCCUCUUGUCACCCCAGAUUGUCCCCGCCCUUGCCGUUGUGCCGCCAACAUCAUUGACUGCAUGUCAACCGAUCUCAGCGACGACAUGAUCCCCCUCUCCUUUUCCUCCUCAACCACCAAGCUCUAUCUCAACAACAACUACCUGACCUUCAUCCCCAAAGGCCUCUUUGACAACCUGCACCACCUCCAGGCUGUCUACCUGCGGGGGAACCCUUGGGAAUGCACCUGCCACAUUCUCUACCUGCGCUCCUGGCUGCAGUGGCAAGAGAAUCGCACUCUGUAUCGCGACGUGGUGUGUUCCAGCCCCGCCCACCUUCAAGGUCGGAUUAUCACCUACCUGUCCGAAGACGAGAUCCUCUCUACCUGCCAGUCCUGGUACUGCGGCGUGGCUCUGGUGGCCCAGAUCUGCCUCUUCGUCUUCCUCCUGGUGCAGGCCAUCUUGCUCCUCCUUGUGGUUUUCUACAUCUGCCGGUUCCAGCGGAUAGCCAAGGAAGCCAGGAGGACAAUGGUGGAGUUUUAUGAGAAUACGGAUCCGUGGGAAAACGCUCGUAAGAGCAGCCUUGACUGAUGU